AUGGGUGAUGUACAAGCAAUGUUCCAUCAGGUUAAGGUCCCAAAGGGAGACCGAGACUUCUUGCGGUUUCUGUGGUGGCCGGCGGCAGAUCUGACUAAGGAUGUGGCUGAGUUUCGUAUGACUGUCCAUCUGUUUGGUGCCACGUCAUCUCCAAGCUGUGCCAUCUUUGCUCUAAGAAAAACAGCUGAUGACAAUCAGGGCAACUUUCCAGCAGAGGUCAUCCAAGCAGUUAAAGAAAACUUUUAUGUGGAUGACUGCCUGAAGAGUAUGGCAUCUGAAGAGGAAGCUGUGCAAAUGGUUAAGCAUCUCACUGCUCUUUGUCAGAGAGGAGGAUUUACUCUGACCAAAUGGAUCAGUAACAAUCGCACCAUAUUGCAAACUUUGCCUGAAGAGCAUAAAGCUAAGGAUCUGAGGGAACUCAAUCUGGACAGAGACAAGCUUCCUGUUGAGAGAGCUCUUGGUUUGCAAUGGUGCAUUGAGACUGAUUCAUUCAAGUUUAAAAUGGAGACCCAUCAAAGGUCCUGCACCAGACGUGGCAUGUUGUCUGUGUCUAGCUCUGUUUUUGACCCGAUUGGCUUUCUCGCACCUGUUUUGCUGCCCGCCAAGACCAUGCUGCAAGAGCUGUGCAGAAGAAACUUUGGAUGGGAUGAGACUGUACCUCAGGACAUCUUACAUCAUUGGACAAGGUGGCUAGAAGAGCUGGAUAUGCUAUCCGAGUUCAAGAUUGAAAGAUGUAUGAAACCUAAAGAUUUUGGAAACAUUGUACAUGCUCAACUUCAUAAUUUUUCAGAUGCUAGUGAGUCAGGGUAUGGGGCAGUCACUUACAUCAGGAUGCAAAACAACAGAAAUGACAGUCACGUUGCAUUCCUGAUAGGCAAAGCCAAAGUAACACCUCUAAAGGCAGUCACCAUUCCUCGCUUAGAGCUGACUGCUGCCGUUCUUGCUGUUCGCAUCGACCUGAUGUUGAAGACAGAGCUGCGACUUCCGUUGCAAGAAUCUGUCUUUUGGACAGAUAGCACAUCUGUGCUUAAGGAUAUUAUGAACGAGGACAAGCGCUUUCAUACCUUUGUGGCAAACAGGGUUUCGGCGAUAAGAGCGGCAACUAAAACAUCACAAUGGCGAUAUGUGAACACCAAGGAAAACCCAAGCGGAUGA